UGAUAUUUUUUUCAGGAGAAUAAGACAUCAAGAUGUCUUUACCUCCAUACUUGUUGGGUCCAAACCCAUGGGCCGCGAUGAUGGCUCAACAACAGGCCCAAGCUCAGCUAACCGCAGUGCAAGCACAUGCUCAUGCGCAGGCUGCAGCUCAAGCGCAAGCUGCUCAUCAAGCUCACAUGCAAGCUAUGGCAGGACCCCCACCUCCACAGAUUCCUAAACAACCUGAAGUCCUCCUUUCCGAAGAUAAGUUGCAGGAAAAAGCGCAAAAAUGGCAGCAGCUUCAGACAAAACGGUUCUCAGAAAAGCGGAAAUUCGGGUUUGUAGAUGCGCAGAAGGAAGACAUGCCACCGGAACACAUUCGCAAAAUCAUCCGUGAUCAUGGUGACAUGAGCAGUCGGAAAUUUCGACAUGACAAGCGAGUUUAUCUAGGUGCUUUAAAGUACAUGCCGCAUGCCGUGAUGAAAUUAUUAGAAAAUAUGCCUAUGCCAUGGGAACAAGUAAGAGAUGUUAAGGUAUUAUACCAUAUUACGGGAGCUAUAACGUUUGUCAACGAAAUUCCUUCAGUUAUCGAACCAGUUUACAUUGCACAGUGGGGAACAAUGUGGGUGAUGAUGAGGCGAGAGAAAAGGGAUCGUAGGCACUUCAAGCGAAUGAGGUUCCCACCCUUCGAUGACGAAGAACCUCCUUUGGAUUAUGCUGAAAAUGUUUUAGACGUUGAACCCUUGGAAGCUAUUCAGAUAGAACUUGAUUCCGAAGAAGAUCAAUCCAUUGCAAAGUGGUUCUACGAUCACAAACCACUAGUUGGAACGAAACAUAUCAAUGGAUCGACCUACAAAAAGUGGAACCUGUCUCUGUCUCAAAUGGCAGCUUUAUACCGCCUAGCAAAUCCCCUCUUAACAGACUUAGUCGAUCAAAACUUCUUCUACCUAUUCGACAUAAAAUCAUUCUUCACUGCAAAGGCGUUGAACAUGGCCAUACCAGGAGGGCCUAAAUUUGAACCCCUUGUGAAAGUCAAUAAUUCUGGUGAUGAAGACUGGAAUGAGUUUAAUGACAUAAACAAGAUCAUUAUACGUCUACCAAUACGGACGGAAUACAGAAUUGCGUUUCCGUACUUGUACAAUAACUUGCCGCAUUACGUUCAUCUGUCUUGGUAUCAUUCUCAAAAUGUGGUGUAUAUAAAAACCGAGGAUCCGGAUUUGCCAGCGUUUUACUUUGAUCCGCUAAUCAACCCAAUACCGCGCAAAGAUCCUGCGAAGAGGAUAGAGCCUGAAGCUGACGAUGAUGAAGACUUCGUGCUUUCGGAAGAUGUUGAACCGUUCCUUCAAGAAACUCCUCUUUCUACGGACAACACAGCAAAUGGAAUAGCCUUGCUUUGGGCACCCAGGCCGUUUAACACGCGAUCAGGAAGAACGCGCAGAGCAGUCGAUGUUCCUUUAGUAAAGUCCUGGUAUCGCGAACACUGCCCACCCGGUCAGCCAGUGAAAGUUCGAGUGAGCUAUCAGAAGUUAUUGAAGUACUUAGUAUUAAAUGCGUUGAAGCAUAGACAUCCUAAACCACAAAAGAAGCGUUACCUGUUCCGGUCUUUCAAAGCGACAAAGUUUUUCCAAACAACGACUAUGGAUUGGGUUGAGGCUGGGCUUCAGGUUUGUCGGCAAGGAUACAACAUGUUGAAUCUGCUGAUCCAUCGAAAGAAUCUCAACUACCUUCACUUAGAUUACAACUUUAACUUGAAACCCGUGAAGACAUUGACAACGAAGGAAAGAAAGAAGUCUCGUUUCGGAAAUGCUUUCCAUUUAUGUCGAGAAGUAUUGCGGCUAACGAAAUUAAUCAUAGACUGCCACGUGCAGUACCGCUUGAACAAUGUGGACGCAUUCCAACUUGCUGAUGGUCUACACUACAUUUUUGCACACGUUGGUCAACUAACGGGGAUGUACCGAUACAAAUACAAAAUUAUGAAGCAAAUAAGAAUGUGCAAGGAUUUGAAGCACUUAAUCUACCACCGAUUCAAUACAGGUCCAGUAGGCAAAGGUCCUGGGUGUGGAUUUUGGGCACCAGGGUGGAGAGUUUGGAUAUUCUUCAUGAGAGGCAUUACGCCACUUUUGGAGCGCUGGCUUGGAAAUCUCUUGUCAAGACAGUUUGAAGGCAGACACUCAAAAGGUGUCGCCAAAACGGUCACGAAACAAAGAGUCGAAUCUCAUUUUGAUUUGGAACUCCGAGCAUCAGUUAUGCAUGAUAUUGUGGACAUGAUGCCAGAAGGAAUUAAACAGAAUAAAGCCCGCGCGAUCCUCCAGCAUCUUAGCGAAGCUUGGCGGUGCUGGAAAGCCAAUAUUCCAUGGAAAGUUCCCGGACUGCCGACUCCAAUCGAAAGCAUGAUCCUGCGGUAUGUCAAAAUGAAAGCCGACUGGUGGACCAACACCUCUCACUACAAUCGUGAACGAAUCCGUCGUGGAGCCACAGUUGACAAAACAGUGUGUAAGAAGAACCUGGGACGUUUGACAAGGCUGUACCUAAAAGCUGAACAGGAGCGACAACACAACUAUCUUAAGGACGGACCAUACAUUUCUCCGGAGGAGGCAGUUGCAAUCUACACGACGACCGUUCACUGGUUGGAGUCGCGAAGAUUCGCUCCUAUUCCGUUUCCACCAUUAUCAUACAAACACGAUACUAAGCUAUUUAUUAUGGGACUGGAGAGGUUAAAGGAAGCUUACAGCGUAAAAUCUCGACUAAACCAAAGUCAACGCGAAGAACUUGGUUUGAUUGAACAAGCAUAUGAUAAUCCUCAUGAAGCAUUGUCCAGAAUCAAGCGUCAUCUGCUUACUCAGCGCUCUUUCAAAGAAAUGGGGAUAGAAUUUAUGGAUCUCUACAGCCAUCUGAUUCCCGUUUACGACGUAGAGCCUCUUGAGAAGCUCACAGAUGCAUACUUGGAUCAAUACUUAUGGUACGAAGCCGAUAAACGCCGACUCUUUCCUCCUUGGGUAAAGCCUUCUGAUGCAGAACCACCUCCACUUCUUGUUUAUAAGUGGUGCCAAGGUAUCAAUAACCUACAGGAUGUCUGGGACGCUGGAGAAGGCGAAUGCAAUGUCUUGCUGGAAACCAAGUUUGAGAAACUUUCCGAAAAAAUCGAUCUUACUUUGCUUAACAGACUUCUAAGGUUGAUCGUCGAUCACAAUAUAGCCGACUACAUGACUGCGAAAAAUAACGUAGUCAUCAACUACAAAGAUAUGAAUCAUACGAACAGUUACGGAAUCAUAAGAGGUUUACAAUUCGCUUCAUUUAUCUCUCAGUAUUACGGUCUUAUACUCGACUUGUUGGUUUUGGGAUUGCAAAGGGCAAGUGAGAUGGCUGGUCCUCCACAAAUGCCAAAUGAGUUUCUCACAUUCCAAGACACAGCUUCUGAAACUGCCCACCCUAUUCGGCUCUAUUGCAGAUACGUUGAUCGGAUUCAUCUGUUUUUGAGGUUCUCAGCUGAAGAAGCACGCGAUCUUAUUCAACGUUACCUUACAGAGCAUCCCGAUCCAAAUAACGAGAAUAUUGUUGGAUACAACAACAAAAAAUGCUGGCCACGUGACGCUAGAAUGAGAUUAAUGAAACACGAUGUGAAUCUCGGACGUGCUGUUUUUUGGGACAUAAAAAAUCGACUACCCAGGUCUGCGACGACAAUUCAAUGGGAAAAUAGCUUUGCCAGCGUAUACAGCAAGGAUAAUCCAAAUUUGCUUUUUAAUAUGUGUGGUUUCGAGUGCAGAAUUUUACCAACUAAUAGAACUACUCAUGGAGAGGUAUCAAAUAAGGGUGGUGUGUGGAGCUUGCAAAAUGCAAUCACUAAAGAGAAAACAGCUCAGUGUUACUUGAGAGUGGAUGACGAGAGUCUUCAAAAGUUCCACAACCGAGUCAGACAGAUCUUAAUGGCCUCAGGUUCUACAACUUUCACGAAGAUCGUCAAUAAGUGGAAUACUGCUCUUAUUGGUUUGACAACUUAUUUUCGUGAAGCGGUAAUUAACACACGGGAACUUUUAGAAUUGUUGGUCAAAUGUGAAAACAAAAUUCAGACUCGCAUUAAAAUUGGUCUCAACUCAAAAAUGCCUUCGAGAUUUCCACCAGUACUGUUCUACACACCAAAGGAAUUGGGAGGUUUAGGUAUGUUGUCAAUGGGUCACGUUCUGUUACCACAAUCUGAUUUAAGAUGGUCAAAGCAGACUGACGUGGGAAUCACCCACUAUCGUUCAGGUAUGAGCCACGAUGAAGGCCAGCUGAUUCCUAAUCUCUACAGCUACAUUAUACCCUGGGAGUCUGAGUUCUUAGAUUCACAACAAGUAUGGGCAGAGUACGCCUUAAAACGACAGGCAGCUUCCGCGCAGAAUCGACGAUUAACUCUCGAGGAUUUAGAGGAUAGUUGGGAUCGUGGAAUCCCUAGAAUUAACACCUUGUUCCAGAAGGACCGCCAAGCUCUUGCCUAUGACAAAGGGUGGCGUAUAAGAACUGAAUUCAAGCAAUACCAAGUCCUAAAGCAAAAUCCAUUUUGGUGGACUCACCAACGACACGACGGAAAACUGUGGAACUUGAAUAAUUACAGAACAGACAUGAUUCAAGCUCUUGGCGGAGUUGAAGGUAUUCUUGAACACACUUUAUUCAAAGGAACCUACUUCCCAACAUGGGAGGGUUUGUUCUGGGAGAAAGCGUCCGGAUUUGAAGAGUCCAUGAAGUACAAAAAACUUACCAAUGCCCAGAGAUCUGGUUUAAAUCAGAUUCCCAACCGACGAUUCACUCUGUGGUGGUCCCCUACGAUUAACAGAGCCAACGUGUACGUCGGUUUCCAAGUCCAAUUAGAUCUGACAGGAGUUUUCAUGCACGGUAAAAUUCCCACACUCAAAAUCUCUCUUAUACAAAUCUUCCGAGCUCACUUGUGGCAAAAGGUCCACGAGUCCAUCGUGAUGGAUCUCUGUCAAGUGUUCGAUCAGGAGUUAGACGCCCUUGAAAUUGAGACGGUCCAGAAGGAAACGAUUCAUCCAAGGAAGUCUUAUAAGAUGAAUUCUUCCUGUGCAGAUAUUCUCUUGUUCUCUGCUUCCAAGUGGAAUGUUUCACGUCCCUCUCUGCUUGCCGAUUCAAAAGACUUAAUGGCCAACUCAACAACGCAGAAGUACUGGGUUGAUGUUCAACUGAGGUGGGGUGACUAUGAUUCCCACGAUAUUGAGCGAUAUGCGAGAGCUAAAUACCUCGAUUACACGACUGACAACAUGUCGAUUUAUCCAUCUCCAACCGGAUUGCUGAUCGCCAUCGAUCUCGCAUAUAAUCUGCACAGCGCUUAUGGAAACUGGUUUCCCGGAAGUAAAUCUCUGAUUCAGCAAGCUAUGGCUAAGAUAAUGAAAGCAAAUCCAGCUUUAUAUGUCCUUCGAGAACGUAUCAGAAAAGGCUUACAGCUGUAUUCAUCAGAACCGACAGAACCGUAUCUUUCGUCCCAAAACUAUGGCGAGCUUUUCUCCAAUCAAAUUAUCUGGUUUGUCGACGAUACAAAUGUCUAUCGUGUAACAAUUCACAAAACUUUCGAGGGUAAUCUGACUACGAAACCGAUCAACGGGGCAAUUUUUAUAUUCAAUCCAAGAACAGGUCAGCUCUUCUUAAAGAUCAUCCACACAUCAGUUUGGGCAGGACAGAAACGUCUUGGUCAGUUGGCGAAGUGGAAAACUGCCGAGGAAGUUGCAGCUCUGAUUCGUUCACUGCCAGUUGAAGAACAGCCGAAACAGAUCAUCGUCACAAGAAAAGGAAUGUUAGAUCCGCUUGAAGUCCACUUGCUUGACUUUCCAAAUAUCGUCAUCAAAGGCUCGGAACUUCAACUUCCAUUCCAGGCUUGUCUGAAAGUAGAGAAGUUUGGCGACCUUAUUCUCAAAGCUACAGAACCGCAGAUGGUGUUGUUCAACCUCUUUGAUGAUUGGUUAAAGACGAUUUCAUCCUACACAGCAUUUUCGCGCCUGGUUCUCAUUUUGAGGGCACUUCACGUCAAUACUGAACGAACGAAGGUAGUACUUAAACCUGACAAGACUACCAUUACUGAACCUCAUCACAUUUGGCCAACACUAACUGAUGACGAAUGGCUUAAAGUUGAAGUUCAACUCAAAGACUUAAUCCUUGCUGAUUAUGGCAAGAAAAAUAACGUCAAUGUUGCAUCCCUCACACAGUCAGAGAUUCGGGAUAUUAUUUUAGGCAUGGAAAUUAGUGCUCCGUCUGCGCAACGGCAACAAAUUGCGGAAAUUGAAAAGCAGACUAUGGAACAGUCUCAGUUAACUGCUACGACUACUAGAACUGUUAAUAAACACGGAGAUGAGAUAAUCACAGCAACUACCUCAAAUUACGAAGCGCAGACGUUUGCAUCAAAGACGGAAUGGCGAGUGAGGGCAAUAUCAGCCACAAAUCUUCAUCUCAGGACAAAUCACAUAUAUGUUUCGUCAGAUGACAUAAAGGAAACAGGAUUCACUUACAUUCUACCGAAAAACGUUCUCAAGAAGUUUGUCACCAUCUCGGAUUUGCGAGCCCAGAUCGCAGGAUACUUGUAUGGUAGCAGCCCCCCUGAUAAUCCGCAAGUCAAGGAAAUUCGUUGUAUAGUAAUGGCUCCGCAAUGGGGAACUCACCAAACGGUGCAUCUCCCGAACUCGCUACCAGCUCAUCAGUAUCUUCAGGAAAUGGAGCCUCUCGGCUGGAUACACACACAACCUAAUGAACUACCCCAACUUUCUCCUCAAGAUGUAACAACACAUGCUAAAAUAAUAGUGGAUCAAAGUCAAAAUCCAAAUGAAACAACUUGGGAUGGGGAGAAGACCAUUGUAAUCACCUGUAGUUUCACCCCUGGUUCCUGUUCCCUCACAGCAUACAAACUGACUCCUAGUGGUAUCGAAUGGGGCAAGCAGAACACAGACAAAGGGAAUAAUCCCAAAGGUUAUCUUCCUAGUCACUAUGAGAAAGUGCAAAUGUUACUUUCUGAUCGUUUCCUCGGUUUCUUCAUGGUUCCAACCCAGGGAUCGUGGAACUAUAAUUUCAUGGGUGUAAGGCACGAACCCAAUAUGAAAUACGAAUUGCAGUUAGCCAAUCCUAAAGAAUUCUACCAUGAGGUGCAUCGCCCUGCACAUUUCUUGAAUUUUGCGAGUUUAGAGGAUGGUGAUGGUGUGGGAGCCGAUCGCGAAGACAUGUACGCGUAGGUUCCAGUAUCAUUGUACACUUUUACAUGGGUAAACUACUAGGGCCCAAAGUAAACUGACUGAGGAAGUUUUAAUUUUUUAAUAAAUUGACGUUUGGGGAGAA